AUGUCUACAGCGUUGGAUAAAAGACAAGAUAGCUGCAAUCAAGACAGCCCUGUGGGCUCUGCAAAUGUAAGUCUAUCAGCUUUAAAUUUUGCACUGCAAAUACAAAUGUUUUCUUCUGCCUAAAAUAACUAUUAAUUUGCAGAAUGCAGAAUAUUUUAAUUUGCUACAAUUCGUCUCAAUAUAAAUAUUAGAAGUUUAGAAUUUUAGUAGGCUUGGAUUUUUGUCAUAAUUUAUUACUCGUAUUCGUAUCCAUUCACUGUAAAAGGAUGUACAAAAUCCAAAGAGAAAUGUACUGUCCGUGUUCUAUAAUCUGAAAUUAUUUAUGAUAUGUGCAGUAUACUAUAGUCAUAGAAACGUAAUGUGUUUGUCGUUUACUUCCUCGAUGAAUUAUAUACUGCAGCUGCAUUCCCUUUUAGCCGUAUUUCCUUUUCAAUGUUUUGCUAUUGUGUAUAUUUCCUCUUCUACUCGUUUAAUAACUAGUCCUAAUAGCCUUAUUUUAGUACAUUAAAGUAAAAAAUUGCCAACUUUGGGACUAAUAAUAUGAUUUAAGACGUCAGUAUGCUUCGGGUUAGUGGAGAUAUAGCCAUUUUGCCAGCUUUAUUUUUCGCCAUGCAAACCUCCAUUCAAAGGCACAUUUCGCUCAUUCGCUUUUUUAAAGGCAUGGACAGAACAAAUAAUGUUUAAUUUCGAACAAAAUCAAGCAGAAAAUGUAACAAUUGAAAGUAAAACGUGUAAAUUUUGGAUAGUUUUGUUGGAAGAAUUGGAAUUUAUUCCGUACAAUGCAUGGUCGUGCGUGGGAGGCCGGAUGCUUUAAGGCAGGAAGUUAUAAGAUUUUUUGCAGAUAAGUAUUUCACUUUGGAAACGCUGUAAAAGCUAAUAUUGGGAUGAAAUAGAUAGCAAAAUAAUGAAUAUCUUGUAUUGUGUGGUCAGCAAUCAUAGCUUUGUAUAAAAUUGAAACAAAAUAUAUAAAAUGCUACUCAUGUAGUCAAGUUCAAUAUUAAAUAUGCAUAAUUUCAAAUUGUGAAACUUGUAUUUCUGUUAAAGAUAGAUUGUGUUUCUAUUAAAAAAGAGUUGUUAUCAUAAAUCUUACUAGUUUGACCUAGCUAGUCUUUCUUUAAAACAAAUAUUCUUCAUCAGAAUAUACGAACAAAAAAGCUAAAGCUACAUAUCGGUGGGCGUUAUCUUCGUUGGUUCAUAUUAAAGCAUUGUCCGCUUUUACGUAAAAGGACAAUUUAAAUACCUAGAAGUCUUGUUGCAAAUAUAUCAUUGUUGUCUCAUAACACUUAAACGUUCAAGGCACAAUGACCGGUCUAAUGCACCCUUUUGGGUCUUAUGUGCCAAACAUUUUUAUACAUAAGUUUAAUUCAAUACAUUUUUAAACUAUAGUCUAUAUCCAUACAUAGUAUGGAAAUUGCAAUUAGUAUGAAACUGGAUUUUCCAACGAUCUAUACAUACCAAAAUAAGGAUUUUGAAAAAAUAUUUCUGUGUUAAAGACAGUCUCAAGGGGAACCUCCUAGUCACAUGUAAUACCCAUUGCCAUUGGACAAUUUAAAAACAAAUCAGGGUUGUUGGCAAAUAAUUAUCUUCAGGGUAACGCCAAGCACAGCCAAUGCCUUGUACGUGUGUUGAUUUGGGAAUAAAAUAGAGAAUAAAAUGUUCUCUGAAACAAAUGAUAGGGAUAUUAAUUUUAUUUUAUUACAACAAAUAAAAUGUUCGUAUGUAAAAGCGUAGUGGCUAUAAUCUACAAGUUGAGUUUUUAUUCUAGGGUGGAGUCUUGAAGUGUCCAUUUUCUGUAUUUUUCUUUGUUUUCACUUUUACAAACUGCGUUAAUGCAACGCAAUUUUGGGUAAAAAGAGAGAUCAGGGGGGAUAUAUCCAGAUCGUCUUAGUGCGGUGGGGUGGGGGGGGGGAGAGGAAGACUCUGCACUUUACAAUAGCCCGCGUUCUACGCUGUCAACGUUGUCCAUCUUUAUUCAUGCUUCACGAUCAGGUGAAUGUCGGCGCUCGAAAUUUCUCUGUGCCUUCGUUUUAGAUAACAUGACCCUGUUUCCGAAAUUGUAUUGCAAGUUGCAGCAAAAAUGAUCUCGUUUAAACAUAACCCUCAAAGCUGCUCUCCAGUUAAGCAACCGUAAUAUUUACACAUGCGUUGUUGAGGUAAUUGCUACUUAUAUUAAAUUAAAUUUAGUAAGGUUUAAAUUUUUCCCUUGCGUGUACGUACCGCUGAUCUAAUAGUAGAUCAGUGGUACGUACGCAUGAAACGCUCAAUUUAACUAGAAAGCAGCUUUUAAGGUUUAUGCAAAACACAGAUUACAAUGAGUUCGACUUCCUGGCUACGCUUGUUUGUAGCGUUGCCAGCCAAUUAAUAACUCUGGAUUCUUACGUGCGUAGUUUUAUUGUUGUAGUUUACGAAAGCAUUAAAUUACUUGACAGACAUUGUCUUCCAAACAAAGUUUGUUAUUCACAACACCAUAUCGGUUUGGUUGAGUAUAUAGUUUCCUUUUUUUCUCCUCUCCACUUGCUAUAGAGUUCAGUGCUCGCAGUAUUUCCACUUUUUAAAAUUAAAAUUUCUAUCAAAUUUCUAGAAAGGAAAUUUGGAAACCUGAGUUGUGUUUUCGUUACAUUUCCUGUAGGUUGUGCUGUACCACUGUGACACUCCUGUUCUAAGUGUGGAGCGGGGGACAACUUUUGGCUUGAUAAAAAUGUUGUAUGCAUCAGUUGGCGGACAUGGUCAAAUAAUAGGCUUGAGGCAACGAGAAAAUUCUUCAGCUUUGGUCUGUAUCAUAACACAAGACCCAACUAUUCUAACUGAACGAGAAUAUGACAUUAUCUUACAUGGUAAGUGGUGGUAGGGUUUUACGCAAGUUAAAUGCAGAAAAAAAUAAAAAUUUCAAGUUAUGCAAGUUGAAUAUAAUAUUCCCAAUAUCACUUGCAGAUCUGACUUAGUUUGCAAGUCCUAUCUAUAUCCUGACUCAGCUAGGUGCGAUAAUUCAAGACUUGGACGUGUUUUAUAUAUACGUCGAAUUUCUGUCGCGUCGAAUGCAAUUCGAACAAUAGAUGAUGAAGCUUAAAGCCGGUUUUCCACUAGGCGGAAUAUUCCGCGCGAGCGAAAUUUCUCUUUGUCUUUUCUAAUUAGUUCCACCAGAGAAGUCACAAGACAAAGAAAAAUUCCGCUCCGCGCGGAAAAUUCUGCCUAGUGGAAAACAGCCUUUAAUAUGAGGAAUUUAUUAUCUAUUGUCUUAAUUGAAUUCGACGCGUCCAAAAUUCGACGUAUAAAACAGAACUCAUAGUGGUAUCUGACGGAUAAUGAAAUGGUUUUUGCCGAGUAGUCAAGUUGCUACAAACGCUGGACUGUUUUUCUUUAGGAAAAUCAAAGGAAAGAAGUUUGGACACAAAUUCAUCCAAUUAUCACGACAAAAACAUCAAUACGCACAUUUCCGUGAAACCAGACGCUCAAAUAUGGCCAGUAUAUUCAUUUCCUUCUCCGAGGCAAAUAGUCUGGGAAAAAGAUAUCGGUAAUCUUGUUAAUCUUAUGGAAACCAGAGCAAAAGAUGAUCUUUCACGGGGCGAACGAAAAGAUGCACAGCGUAAUGAAGGUUUAAGUGCUAAUAACAUGCGAAUACGACAAAAAAUACAUAUGGUUCCAGGGACGAACGGUUUUGAAUAUGUGACAAGUCAUAAAGAAUUGAGAAUCGAUUGUGCGGAUCAAGAAAGUGAAGAAAUACAAGGUGUUUCCCCCCGUGAUAGCACUUCUCCAAGUACUACCGGUACUGAAAGUCCUAGAGGAUCGACUGACCAAAAUUCACCUAGUCAGGUAAUCCUGAAUUUGUGAGAAGUAUUUAUCAUUGAGUUUGUUAUCAAGCAUAAAAUGAAUGCGUAUUGAUAAAGUAUGCAAUUAUAUAGAGAAUGUGUACAUGGAAGUUUGUUUAUUCAACAUUAGGACAAUGGCAGAACAUACACUACAAUUUUAAAAAAGACAAAUCGCCAAGUGGACCUCAAAUAUGCAUAGUCUACUAUUAAAAGUUGAAAUAACAUCAUGCAAUGUAUGACACAUCAAGAUUGUAUUUCCAACACGCUUGAAUAUCUCUAGAAAUCCGUAAUCAAUCCUAACCUGAUUUGCCAUUUAGGUCGAGGAAUCCCGCCCUCAUAGUAAGCGAAAAUGGCAAUGCUACUAUUGCAAGAAAUUCUUCGUAUGUCGUAGUGCUUACGAGAAUCACGAAAGAACACAUACAGGCGAAAAACCGUUUCAAUGUAAUGUCUGUGGUCGAUGUUUUGGUCAUCAAGGCAACCUGAAACAGCACCUGCAUAUUCAUCGUGACGUCAAACCUCAUGUUUGUGACAUCUGUGGUCGAGGUUUUACCCGCUCCAACAGACUACGAGAUCACAAGCGUGCACACCAAUAUGAACUAUACAUGCGCACAAAAGUUCAAUGGACAGCGACACAAAACGUGACAAGAGAUGUGGGUCAUGCUGAACGCAGUCCAGUUUCAUCCAAUGCAUUUGAGGAAUCCGCAACAAGUGAUGACAAUCAGGAAACAUAG